AUGGUCUUCAAGAUCACCCGAAUCCAACGCCUGAGUGCGGUGAUCGGUAUUUCUAUGUCAUUCUUUAUCGCGGAAAUAGCAGUUGGCUUCUACACUGGCUCACUGGCCCUUGUGGCUGAUGCAUUUCAUUAUCUGAGUGACAUAGUUGGCUUUGCUAUUGCUCUCGUUGCUACGAUUGUGGCAGAGAAAGCAACUAUACCUCCAUUUUUAACAUUCAGCUGGCAACGAGCGCAAUUAUUAGGUGCUUUCUUCAAUGGCGUUCUACUGCUAAGUCUGGGGAUCAGUAUUUUCUUGCAGUCCAUUGAGCGGUUUAUCAGUUUGGAGCGAGUCGAUAACCCCAAAUUGGUCAUGGUCAUUGGUUGUGUAGGUUUCGGUCUAAACUUGGUUAGUGUAACCUUCCUACACGAACACGACCACGACCACAAUCAUGGUCACAAUCAUGGUCACAAUCGUAAUGAAAAUGAGCACGAGAACCAUAAUAGAGAUAGUCACCAUGACUCCCAAAUAACCAGAGAGUACUCAGUCCUUGUCAACGAGAAGCACAUCACUCACAAACACCACACGAAUUUCGCAUCCUUGAAGCCUCGAAAGAGCUUUGAUCUUGCUCUUAUGGGCGUCUUUAUUCAUAUAAUGGGUGACUGCGCCAACAAUGUUGGCGUGAUAAUUUCAGGACUAGUCAUUUGGCUGACCAACUAUGGUGGCCGGUAUUAUGCCGACCCGGCCGCCAGUAUGGCUAUCGCAAUUAUGAUCUUUGCCUCCUCGUUGCCCUUAGGCGUUGAGCAUGACGAUGUCAAAUACGAUUUACAGCAGAUUCCCGGCAUUGCCGCGGUCCAUGAGCUUCAUAUCUGGCGCUUGAACCAAAGGAAGUCUCUUGCCUCUGCACACCUCGUCCUUGAUCAGACCAAGGAUGGAAUUGAUUUCGAUGAGCUGGCGAAAACGGUGAAUGAAUGUUUCCACGCCUAUGGUCCAGUCACCGAGAUGGAAGCGCCAACCUAG